AAAACAUACAAACAAACCCCAUCUUCUUUCCUUUUCUCUUCCAUUCUCUUCUUCAACCAUGAAACUCAAACUAAACACCAUUUUUAUCUUCAUAUAUUAAUCUUUAUCUUUCUUUCAAAUUCUCAUAAUAUUCUUUGCCAAAUUUAUCCAAACCCUAAAAACCAAAAAAUAAAACUAAAAAAAUAAAAUGAGCAUAGAUGACGAAUCAUUGAGAUCUCUAUCUUUGGAUUAUCUAAACUUACUAAUCAACGGUCAAGCUUUCAGCGAUGUAACCUUCAGUGUAGAAGGGCGUCUAGUACACGCGCAUCGUUGUAUUUUAGCAGCGCGUAGUUUAUUUUUCAGGAAGUUUUUCUGUCGGUCGGAUCAACCCGGUGGGCUAGACCCGAGAAUAAUGGGUCAAGUAUCAUCCCCACGGGCGGAUAAUGGGCCGGGUCCAACCCAAGUAAUACCGGUAAAUUCAGUGGGGUAUGAAGUGUUUAUGUUGUUGGUACAGUUUUUGUAUAGUGGACAAGUUUCAAUUGUUCCUCAAAAACAUGAACCUCGUCCUAAUUGUGGUGAAAGAGCUUGUUGGCAUACACAUUGUACCUCAGCCGUUGAUCUUGCUCUUGAUACACUAUCUGCCGCUAGAUCUUUUGGUGUUGAACAACUUGCUUUGCUCACUCAGAAGCAAUUGGCAAGUAUGGUGGAGAAGGCAUCAAUUGAGGAUGUAAUGAAAGUAUUAAUAGCAUCAAGGAAGCAAGAUAUGCAACAAUUAUGGACUACUUGUUCCCACUUGGUAGCAAAAUCAGGGUUACCCGCUGAAAUACUAGCCAAACACCUCCCUAUUGACGUGGUUGCCAAAAUCGAGGAGCUCCGAUUAAAAUCCUCAAUAUCAAGACGGAGCGCGCUCAUACCGCACUACCCUCCCCACCACCACUUCCAUCCAGAUCUUGGACUUUCGUCCCCGACCAAUCAGGAAGACCACAAGAUCCGUCGGAUGAGACGAGCACUUGACUCGUCUGAUGUUGAGUUAGUAAAACUCAUGGUAAUGGGCGAGGGUCUCAAUUUAGAUGAGGCGCUCGCCCUACACUAUGCCGUAGAAAAUUGUAGCCGUGAAGUAGUUAAGGCCUUGCUCGAACUUGGGGCCGGGGAUGUUAAUUACCCGGCUGGCCCUACGGGUAAAACACCACUUCAUAUUGCGGCCGAAAUGGUUUCCCCGGAUAUGGUUGCGGUUUUGUUGGAUCACCAUGCAGACCCGAAUGUAGGAACCGUAGAUAAUGUCACCCCAUUGGAUAUCCUAAGGUCUUUGACCUCGGAUUUUCUCUUUAAAGGAGCGAUUCCCGGGUUAGCCCAUAUUGAGCCUAACAAACUUCGACUUUGUUUGGAGCUUGUGCAAAAUGCUGCUAUGGUAAUCUCCAGAGAGGAAGCAAAUGACAAUAAUAAUAAUAAUAAUAAUAAUAAUAAUAAUGCUUCGUUGGCCUCGAUUUACGUGCCAAUCGGAGGCGAUCAAGAACAUACUACUAGUAGUAAUAGUGGAAACCUUUGUAUUGAUUCAAGGAUGGUUUAUUUGAAUUUAGGAGGUGUAGGCUCGACCGCCAUGGGAGAUCAUCAUCAUCAUGAUCAGGAUGGUAAUCAUACAAAUCAGAGAAAUUCGACAUCGAUUUAUCAUCAUCACCAUCACCAUCACCAACAUCAUCAUCAUGAGUAUUGAAGUUAUAACUUUUCAAUAGAUUUUAUUCUUAGUUUACGGAAAAAAAUGUACUCCUUUUAUUCCAGAAUUUAUCAUGAUUUUUAUUUUUGUUCGCUUUAUAUU